UCGCCUGUUUAUUGCCUCCAACCCAAUAUAUUACACAUAGAGCAUUUUUUGGGGGAGAAAUGCAAAAUGCCACCCAGAACGCUGACAACAGACUCUUGCUGGCCCACCACUUCGAGUCUCCCAUAUUUGAUGAGUCGGGCGUGCCGUCAGUGACUUGCUGUCAACAUGUCAGAGCGCAGAGCAACCAUCUUGUCAACGCAGCCGCAGUUCCUCAACUUGAACAAUCUUGCCUGUGAGAGCGUCGGUGCCAAGGUUGUAUUUGCUACAGAUGAAUGGUUCGCCCCAGCUGCUAACCUGCUCAAGCGAGAGCCUCCACAGUUCAAUGCGUCUGCCUUCACCCAAUUUGGGAAGUGGAUGGACGGCUGGGAGACAAGGAGGAAACGGACACCAGGUCACGACUGGUGCCUCAUCCAACUGGGGGUCCCGGGCCUCGUGUACGGUGUGGAUGUGGACACGUCUUACUUCACAGGGAACCACCCACCUCACGUGUCCAUCCAGGGGGCGUGUCUUGAACAAGAACCCAACCUCAGCCUGGAAGGAGACAGAACCGGCAUGGCCGCCUCCGACAGCCAGCUGCAGUCCGCCGCCAAACUGCGCUCAGAGGCGUGGCCAGAGCUGGUGGGCAUGUCCGAGCUGAAGCCGGGAUACUCGGACUGCUGCCACAACUACUUCCUGGUCCACUUCACGCACAGGGUCACACACCUGCGCCUUAACCUGUACCCUGAUGGAGGUGUGGCGAGAUUGCGUGUGUUUGGAGUCGGCCAAAGAGAUUGGUUGUCAGUUCCGUCCAAUCAGGACAUCGACCUGCUCUCUAUGGCUAAUGGGGGAGUCUGUCUUGGCUUUAGUAACGCCCACUUUGGCCAUCCACGCAAUAUGAUUGGCAUGGGUCUGGCCUGCAACAUGGCUGACGGCUGGGAGACUGCGCGCAGACUGGAUCGACCCACAAAGCUGCAGGUGGACCAGCGUGGCAUCCUGCAGCUUCCUGGUUAUGAAUGGGCGGUGUUUCGUCUGGGUCACAGGGGUGUCAUCCGUGCUGUGGAAGUGGACACAGCUUACUUCAGAGGUAAUUUCCCUGACUCCUGCAGGGUGGAGGUGUGCACCUUGACCCCAGAGGAGGAAGCUCAGUGCCUAAGGUCAAGCUGGAGUUCUGGAAAAUGGCGCAUCCUGGUCCCACCACAGAAGCUCCGGCCUGAUGACAAGCACUUGUUUAGUGUGGACGACAUGCACUCCCCCGUCACUCACAUCCGCCUGGUCAUUACUCCAGACGGAGGAGUCAGCCGCGUGCGACUUUGGGGCCAAGUCGUCCCCAUGACAACAGCUUACUCUAAACUCUGAUUUGGUGUUAUGGGGUCUAUUUGCAACUAUAAUAAAGGAUAAAUGGGUUAUACUUGUAUAGCGCUUUUCUACCUUCAAGGUACUCAAAGCGCUUUGACAGUAUUUCCACAUUCACCCAUUCACACACACAUUCACACACUGAUGGCGAGAGCUGCCAUGCAAGGCGCUAACCAGCAGCCAUCAGGAGCAAGGGUGAAGUGUCUUGCCCAAGGACACAACAACCGUGACUAGGAUGGUAGAAGGUGGGGAUUGAACCCCAGUAACCAGCAACCCUUCGAUUGCUGGCAUGGCCACUCUACCAACUUCGCCACGCCAUCCCUACUAUCACUUCCUGUUGAUCUUUCGAAUUAAAAGUCUACAUCAGGGGUGUCAAACUAAGUUUAUAAAACCCAAGGGCCGCAUGGAGGAAAAUCUGUGCACACGUGGGCCGGAAUAUUAAAAAUCAUGGCAUUAAAAC